AUGGAAUAUCGAAUACGUAAAUGUAGAAAUAACAAUAUAAAUCUUUAUUCUGUUUUAUAUUAGAAUAAUUGUAAAAAUAUACAAAUGGCUGCAUAAUACUAAUAGCGUAAAAAUUCUGUCAAUUGUAAAACAAUUAUCGAAUAUACGUGUAAAAGAUGUUAUUGUUGUUAAUAUUAUUGUCAUUAAUAUUAUUGUUAUUAAUAUUAUUGUAUGUAUUUUCAAAGUACCUUGAUUAAAAAAAUACUUUUAUAGAUUUCAUGUACAUUUUAGGAUCAAUAUAAAUAUUUUCUUCAAAUACUUUCGUUUAUGUCGAUAGAUUGCUUCAAAGAACAUUUAAUGACGACACUUGAUUCGCUAUACCUGUUAUAAAAAACUAUUCAAUAUAAAAUUGAUAAAUCUCUGCGACAUGUAAAUAAUAUAAGAUGAUAAAUCCAUACCGCAUAAAUUACUGCCUAUCCCUAUAUACAUGUAGCCUUUAUCUCCAAAAUUUGUUCCCCAUGAAUUUUUUAUAAUAUAAUGUGGUAUGGCAGCUGAUUUGUCGUAUCCUAUUAUUUGUACAGCAUGAUUCAGGUUAUCAAAGGAACCAUCACAGUGAUAUUGUAUUACGCCGCCUAAAUAGUUUUGCCAGGAUAAAGCAUUUACUGCAGCCGCCACUGGGCCAUGAGUGGCCAAUGUUAUCAGCAGCUCAUCCUCUGCAUCUACGAAACUAAAAUCCGUUAAACCUUUAAUCUUCUUAACAGCAAAUACUGUGGACGAAUAUUAUUGACUGUAGAUGACAGUUAUUUACAAUUAAACGAAUUUUAAUUUACUAAAAUAUUAAUUUUUUUAAUUCAUUUUCCAUUCGAUUAAACUCUGAAGAAGAAGAUAGAAUUCUUGGCUCUAUAGCAUCAUCGCAUGCAUAUUACGAGUAACAUUAACCGGUUAGCUUAUGUAAGAAAACCUUUACAUAGCUAAUUACAUACAAAGCAGCACAGACCGAUACGGUACUACACUAGAGUUCUCGUUCUUUUACCAAUUGUAUGUCUGAUACUUAAACAAAAUCCUUCAUUUAAAACUAUUAAUGUCAUAUUACACAUAAUGCAAUUUUCUUACCUAUCACAUGUAAAAUCUCGUAUUUUUAUACCAGGUGUUUUAUCUAUCGUUCUAUAAAAAUAAUAUUUUAAAAUUAAUCGUUAUCCGUGUUCCAUAUCGUUCGAAUAUUUUUGUUCAUACUUACUUCCCAAGUUUACACGUACCGGUCUUCCCUACGAGUGGGUAAGUAGACUCUUGAAAUAUUUGAACUUUGGACGCUAAUAACCACGAGAGCAAGCUACAUAUAUCCCCACCCUCGCAGCCAAAAUUACUAUUUUUCGCACAGUCAAUCAUCUAUCGGAAAAAUCGAAGAUAGAUAAAAUUUUCUGUCCUCUCUGGCUAAAUCUCAAAAAGAUAUAUUGAACGCUCAUACUUCUUGUACGCUCAACGUGUACAAAGUGCCAUUUUUUAUUGCAUAUAUCGAUUCAACAACUUCAACGGUACUGAAAGCCCAACAAGCACCGCAAGAACCUUGACUUCGUACCGGAGUAAUCACUCCUUUGUCUCUCCAGUCGAAUUUUGAAGGUACAAUAACCGAUCUUUUCAUCCGAUUAGUAGAUUGCAAUAAAUGAUGUUUGCGAUGAUAAGGUGCAGUCACGUGUUUCUCUCCUGAUGGAUUGUUUAUUUAUUAAUAAUAAAUAUUCAGACUGCUUGAUGUAAACCGAAUGCCCACCUCUUGCUGGUAAGUCAGAUAAGAGAGUUAGCGUCAGAAAUUCAUCUUCUGACAUAUCAGAAAAUUCAGUGAGUCCAUAAUAAGCGCUUUCUUGCGAUGAUCGGAGACCAUUCAUUUUUUCUAUAUGCCGCAACGAUCUCUAUAACAAGAACAUAGCUAUCUUCAUUUAUUCAAUACUAUAAAAAACUAAUUGACUACUUUUUUUAUCUUAGAAAUAAUUUAAUGUUUUCUUUUUUUAUUUUGUUAUGUACACGCGCUUUAUCGAAUGUUUACUUGAUAACAACUUUUAAAUUUUGCAACUGGUUAUCAAUUAUUCUACGAAUUUAAUGAUUGUGUUAUCAAAAUGGUGCGAUAAUUUUUAUCUAAAUGAAUCCUAAAGAUUUGUAAACAUAGAAUAAAAUAGAAAAAUAAAAAAGAAUAGAUAAAAGUGAAAAAGAAAAGAAAAACACGCAGUGAUGCAGAGAAGAACGCGGGAAAUUUUCGAAAGUGAGAUGUUCAUGUAUAAUGAGCAUCAUGUGAAUUGUUUAUCGGCUAUGUGGUAUUUUCACGAAUUUCUGUGGCUUACCUGAAAUCGUUUAAAUCGUUCUUCGUAUUCUGAUGGAACGUUUCUGUAAGAUUUGUUAUAGCGUGUGACAUAAUUCUGGAAAAGCUUAAUAUCCUCGUUGCUAGUAUCAGGAUCCACUCUAAUUGGUAUUGCCAAAAAGCAUAAACUCACUACCAACACUAUAAACGCAACUGUUUUCCACUCCAUGUCGAGGAUAAAACAUAAUUCCAAAGCAAAGUACACUGCACGCAACAACAAAACCUAUACACAAGUGUAUCUUUAUUACAUGACUCAAUAGAAUAUACUUAUAUACAUAAUGUUCAUAUAAAGGUAUAUCACGGUAUGCAUGUGUGUUUUGAUAGCACCAGGGCCGUAAGAAGUAAAUCUAAUUAGUACAUAUUGUAAUGGUGGUCAAUAUCUUCAUAUCUUUCCAACCAAAAAAAAGUUACAGUAGAUACAAAUACAGUAGAUAUAAUGUUAUUAGUCUAGAAUUUACCUUCUUAUUAAAUUAAAUUAUCUCUGGAAUAAAUUUUUUUUAUAGAAGUUAAGUUAACAUUAAACAGUAUCUGCUUCUUUACAUGCCAAACACUUAUAUUAAGGUAAUUAUCGAACUUGCAUAUCUGCUUUAAAAUAAUUAUUUAAAAAAAUAUAUUUAAUUAUUCUGCUGCAUAUACAUAUAUACAUAUGUAAAAGUAUUUUAAAACUAUCUAGUGUUUUUCUUAACCUAACCUAAACCUCUAUCUAAACCUAGUAAUAAAACUAGUAAUAAUCUUAAAUUACUCUGAAUUUUAUUUUUUCUUAUUAAAACAAUUAUAUUAACUUUUUUCCUAAAGAAAUAAUAUGUAUUGUUUAAGUAAUUUUUUUAUUAGAAAUAUUAAUUUAACACUCGUAUGACACUCUGUGUAAGUGCAUCAUUUCCGCUUCCAGUUAUUCCUUUUUCAAUUCCUUUUAUGUCGCCAACAUAAAACAUGGACAACCGUUCAAUUUCGAAGAAAAGAAAGGUUUGUGGAUUUUCAUAAUUUAUAACGAAUAAUUCGUAAAAAUAUGAUGUUUAUUAUGAUAAUUAAAGUUAUAUAAAAAAUAUUUUAUGAAAAAGCAAACAAAAAUGACACAUAAAAGCUAUGGAUGACAUGGAUACUUGCAGAUGUUUUCACUUCAGAUGUAUAGUAUACAUUUUAUACUAUGACAUAUUUCACAUAUUUUACUUCCACAGAUAUUAGGAUAAUUUACAUGCAUUGUCAAACUAACCAAAAUAUGUUGGUUAAUGUUCAAGUUUAUAUUUAAUUAAGUUAUGUUUAUGUUAACCGACCGCAUACUUUUAGGUUAACUUAUAACCUUUUAAGAUUGUAUAUAUCAUAUAAUUUCCUUUUUCCAGUUUGUUGGAGACGGAGUCUUCAAAGCUGAAUUAAAUGAGUUCUUAACGCGUGAACUCUCUGAAGAUGGAUAUUCAGGAGUAGAAGUACGUGUUACUCCCCAUCGUACGGAGAUUAUAUUGCUGGCAACUCAUACACAGAGUGUUCUUGGUGAAAAAGGUCGUAGAAUCCGAGAACUAACCUCUGUUGUACAAAAACGAUUUAAUUUCAAAGAAACCCAAAAUAUUGAAUUGUAUGCUGAAAAAGUUGCAACUCGUGGUCUUUGCGCUAUUGCUCAAGCAGAGUCCCUACGUUUCAAAUUAAUUGGAGGUCUAGCUGUACGGCGGGCUUGUUAUGGGGUUCUCCGUUUCAUUAUGGAAUCAGGAGCAAAGGGUUGUGAAGUAGUUGUUAGUGGUAAAUUACGUGGACAAAGAGCAAAAUCAAUGAAAUUUGUUGAUGGAUUGAUGAUCCACUCUGGAGAACCAACCAAUGAAUAUGUCAAUACUGCAACUCGUCAUGUACUUCUUCGACAAGGUGUGCUUGGUAUUAAAGUAAAAAUUAUGCUCCCAUAUGAUCCUCAUGGCAAAACAGGUCCCAAAAAGCCUCUUCCAGAUUCUGUUUCAAUCGUUGAACCAAAGGAUGAAAUAUUUCCUUCACAACCAACAUCUGAAGUAAAAGCAUCGAAGGAUUUACCACAACCUAUGCCACUUGCGGUGUAAUUUAUAUAUAAAUGAAAAUAAACUUUUAAAAGAAAUAUUUUAUUUCAUUUUUUUAAUUUAAUAACAACAUAAAUAAGAACACAAAGAAACAAAUAUAUAGAGAUACAUUCUCUUUCAUAAUCAUAACAUAAUAAAAAAUAUUUGUUUCUAUAUAUUUAUUUAUGAAAAUUUACAUUUGAAUUUAAACUUAAUUCAACAUUUAAUAUAAUUUGUGAAUAACAUUUACGAUAGAAUUACGUUAAAAUAUUUUUUGAGACAAUCAACUAUGACUAAGCAAUUAAAUACUGUCUCGCCAGAAUAUCCAUAGAAUAACUCAUAUCUAUAUCAAACAAUAGAAAAAUUACUUAUUUAACAUGCUUUCAACCUUCCCCGAAAAAUAUAAGUUGUAUCAAUAUAAACAAACAAUAAUGAAAUAUACUUUAAAAAAUGUGAAAAUUAUUAUGUUAUAAUAUAUAAAAUGUCCUAUUUUUAAUAAUUCAUAAUUUCAGUGAAUCUUAAAAAUAUUUAUAUACGAAAAAAUUAAAAUUACACAUGAUACAAAAUGAGAUAAAAAUAUUUGUUUUAAAAAAGGAAGGAUUUAGAAAAUUGAUACAAUGAACAUUUUAUACAUUACAACUUAAUACAUUAGUUAAUUUUUUCAUAGUUAUCACUAUGAAUUACAGUGCAAAUUUGACUUGUUUUAUUAAUUGAAUAGUGAAAUUUUUAGAACUGAAAAGUAUAACAUACUAAGUUUUAAAGAUAUUUACUGUAGCAAACAUUGUACUAUGGACUCAUUUAGAUUCUAUGUGAUUUAGAAUUAUAUAGUUAUAAUCUUAUUACAGAUUGGUAUUAUAUAUCAUAAAAUAUUAUAAGUUCAAUUGCAUAAUUUAUUUAUACGAAUAUUUUGGUGUUAGUAAAUAAAUUCUAGAUCUAAUUUCAUAAUAAAUUGUAUGAAAUAGUUCGGAAAAAAUUUAUCGUCUAUGAUAUCAAAAAAUGAGUACAAAUAUCAAUUAAAGUUUUAAAAUAUUACUUAAUAAUUCUUAUGUUUAUUUUAAAUAACAGAUCAUAA